AUGCCACGUAGUCGAAGUGGAUCUCUAGACAGUUUAGGCCGUCGUCGUCGCCGUAAUACUUCAUCCCAUCGACGCAGACGUCCUCGAUCCAAGUCUUCAUCGCACUCUCCUUCCCGAUCAGCAUCUCGUAGCCGUGGUAGAAGCCAUCGAAGUCGCAGUAGAAGCCGAGGUAGAAGUAGAAGUCGCAGUAUUGAACGGCGCCGUCGUCGUCGACGUUCCUAUAGCCGCAGUCGAUCACCGAUACUUGAGUCUCAUAAACGUUCUACUGCUGUCCUCUCGACGUCAUGUAGACCCAGUGAUACGGAAAGAGCUGAGGAACCCAAAAUUGAGCCGAAUGACAAACCCAAUGCCAUGUCUCAGUUAUGUGAAGAAGAACAGAUGAAGCUACUUUUGGGAUUUGAAGACUUUGACUCGACGAAAGGAAAAAAUGUUGAGGAAAAUGUCAAGGGUCCAGCUGUUGGUACAGUACGACGGGAUACGAAACGAGAGUAUCGUCAAUAUAUGAAUCGUCGUGGUGGAUUUAAUCGUCCAUUGGACAAGGUGUGA